CUCAAAUGGAAGUACUAGCUUACGAGGUGUACUGGAAGGCAGCACACGCUAACCCUUGAAAACUCAUUCAUCAUGGGCUGUAUCUUUAUCAAGCUAGCCGUUGGCUUUACGCGCUAACCAGCGACAUGUUUAAUGACUUAAUAAGUCCGUCAUAACGUCACACAUACAGCUGUAUCUAUUUAGCUGCAAUAUCAGCAGAGGAAUAUUUCUAACUUGAACGACAGUUUCAUGCCUGGUGUAGUGGGAACUAACGUGUCGUGUUAUGGGAAAGACAAGGAGGUCAGACGAGUGGUGGGCUGUCACCAAUAAUGUCCGAGUAAAACGAGCCUGCUGCCGCUUUGACAGCUGUCUGUUGAUAUUGUAGCACUGAUCAACUUACAGUUGAAUCAUGCCUGGGAAACUGAAGGCCAAAAUUGUGGCAGGGCGCCACUUGCCCGUGAUGGACAGAGCCAGUGACCUUACUGAUGCUUUUGUAGAGGUUAAGUUUGGAAACACAACUUUCAAAACUGAUGUCUGUCCCAAAUCCCUCAAUCCACAGUGGAACUCAGAAUGGUUCAAAUUUGAGGUUGAUGAUGAGGACUUGCAGGAUGAGCCAUUGCAGAUCACAGUGUUGGACCAUGACACUUACAGUGCUAACGAUGCCAUAGGGAAAGUUUACAUUGACAUUGACCCGCUGCUGUGCAGUGAGGCUGCCUCUGUCAUCUCUGGCUGGUUUCCCAUCUAUGAUACCAUCCACGGUAUCCGAGGGGAGAUCAAUGUCCUCGUCAAAGUGGAGCUUUUCAAUGAUUUGAACCGCUUCAGACAGUCUUCCUGUGGUGUCAAGUUCUUCUGCACAACAUCCAUUCCACGGUGCUACCGGGCAGCGAUGGUGCACGGGUUUGUGGAGGAACUUGUGGUGAAUGAAGAUCCAGAGUACCAGUGGAUAGACCGUAUUAGAACUCCUCGGGCCUCCAAUGAGGCCCGUCAGAGGCUCAUUUCUCUUAUGUCUGGAGAGCUGCAGAGGAAAAUAGGGCUGAAAGUACUGGAGAUGGGUGGGAAUGCAGUGGUGGGCUACUUGCAGUGUUUUGACUUGGAGGGAGAGUCUGGGCUGGUGGUCCGGGCCAUAGGUACUGCCUGCACACUGGACAAACUCAGCUCUGGAAGCGCCCCCAACACCAACACACAUAUGCACCCCAACACAGCCCCUGCUUCCAAUGCCUGCAAUUCCCCUUCUAAGGAAGGAAAGGAGCCGGUAUUUGGUGAGGACCUGCUCUCGUACUCUGGCCCGCCAACCCCUUUCAGAGCCCUUCCCACCUCCUCCUCCUCUCCUCCCCCCUUCUCUCCCUCCAAGCCAUGCAGCCGCCAGUCCUCAUCAUCAGACACAGACCUCAGUUUGACGCCCAAGACGGAGGAGCCCCAGCCAGUGAGACGCAGGCCUGGGAUCUUUCUCUGCCCCAGCUCCCCCACCCUCUCCACAGACACUCUGUCCCUUCCUGGUUCUGUCUCAGUGGGCUGUGGUUACGGCUCUGCCCCCAGAGCCACCACCCCGCCCCCUCCCUUCUCCAUCCACUCAGACUCUACCUUGCUGAGAAAGAGCGUGUCCUUCACUGAGGACCUGCUGCUGGCAGCCUCCGGAAUGGGCAGUGGGGGCAGCGCCGGGAAGGAGGCAGGGCCUUUGAAGACCCUGCUCAGACAGCAGACGCAGACGGCUCUCGAGCAGAGGGAGUUCCCCUUCUUCACCUUGACGUCUUUCCCACCUGGUUUUCUGGUUCAUGUCGGUGGAGUGGUCAGCGCUCGCUCUGUCAAACUACUGGACCGUAUACACAACCCUGCCUUGGGUAACACGCGCUCAUACAAACUGCUAGACUGGAAUAGUGUCACUGCAGAUGAGCCAGAGACUCGUGAUGCCUGGUGGGAGGAGAUUCGCCAGGAGAUCAAAUCUCAUGCCAAAGCUCUUGGUUGCCAUGCUGUUUUGGGGUACAGUGAGAGCACUAGCAUCUGUGAGGAGGUGUGUAUCCUGUCAGCAUCAGGCACAGCAGCCAUCCUGAAUCCUCGGUAUAUGCGUGAAGGCUGCCUAGACAUCGGAAUCCCCGACCACAGGUUUGAGGAGCCGUCUCCCCCGAGCUGUGGCUUCUGUCACAUCCCGUAUGAUGAGCUCAACAUGCCCUUUCCCGCCCAGCUCACCUACUGUUACCACUGCAGACGACAAAAGGUUCCUGAUGUACUGUUCACAACAAUCGACCUGCCACAAGAAGCAGCUGUCACAGGCAAGGGAUGCCUUAUCCAGGCCAGACUGUGUCGUCUAAAAAAGAAGGCCCAGGGUGAAGUGAAUGCGACAGCCAUCUCCAACCUGCUGCCUUUUAUGGAAUAUGAGCUGCACACUCAGCUGAUGAACAAACUGAAGCUGCGGAGCAUGAAUGCUCUGUUUGGCUUACACAUACAGAUCAGUGUCGGAGAGAACAUGCUCCUGGGUCUGGCUUCUGCUACAGGAGUGUACCUGACAGCCCUGCCGGCACCAGGGGGCAUCCAGAUUGCGGGGAAGACUCCUGGUGACCUGAGCAAUGAGCACCACAUCCUCACGAUCCAGAAAAGGAUCAAUGACACCAUAGCCAAGAACAAAGAGCUCUAUCAAAUAAACCCUCCGAAAUUAUUUGCCCUGGACCCUGAGGUGUUCUGCGGCAUAAACAUGGAGCUGACGGAGGAAGCGGUGGGUUCUCCGAUUCCUGAGCCGAGGCAACGAUCCAGACUUUUCCGCUCCCACUCAGAAAGCUCAGACGAACUGUCAGAACUGGACCUCUCCCAUGGCAAGAAGGAUGCCUUCGUCCUGGAGAUUGAUGACACUGAUGCUGUGGAGGACCUCCACUCCCUCCUUACUGAUGCCCCUACCCCCACAGGUUUCUACAGCUGCAACACUGAAAUCAUGCCUGGGAUUUACAACUGGACUUCAGGAGUUCAGAUGUUUACAUCAGUGAGGGUCUUUAGGUUGAGUAAUGCCAAUCUUACUAACCAAGGCUUGAACAAGAUCUUCACUGACCUAUGUGAGAAUCUUCUAAAGAGUUUUUACUUCAAGUUGCGCUCUAUGAUCCCCUGCUGUCUUUGUAAUCUCAACUUCACCGUAGCAGUGCCAGAAGAAGAACUCAUACAGGUCGCAGUGACAGCGGUUGCCAUGACAUUUGACAAAGAGCAGACUCAGGAGAAGCCACCAGACAAGCCCAUCACCAAAGGAUGCAGUGAGACUGAAGAGCAGCUGCAGUUUCCCUUGGAGUUGUGCGCAGACUCGUCAUCCGCCAACACUCAGCCAUCAUCCAAAAUCUCAGGUACAGUCUCUUUACUCACCCCAGCUGCAAAACUCUGCCAAAAUCAGCUGGUUAUGGUUCGUUCAGCAGGUGUCCCAGAGAGUACCAAUGUCUCAUCCAGAGCUGCCUCCGUUGAUUACGGUUCCUUUGCAGACAGAUGCAGUACCUGGCUAGAGCUGCUUAGGCUGAAAGCUCACACCAUAAGACGAGGAUCAGUUAAGACAAGUAGGAGGACACAGUUUCUAGCACACUCUGUCUCAUCUUUGGAGCGCUCCAGUCCACUGCCUGAGGGACGAUCCCGCUCGCUGCACUCCAACCGCUCAUUUGGGGGCAGUUCAGUCACCGUGGUGAAGAUGACGCCGCUCUCCUUCCUCCCUGGGACACGCAUCAUUAAAUACCUUGGGAUCAUCAACAUGUUUUUUAUCAGAGAGACAACAUCAUUACGGGAGGAAGGUGGUGUCAGUGGCUUCCUCCAUACAUUCAUAGCAGAGGUGUUUGCGAUGGUUCGAGCCCAUGUAGCAGCCCUGGGUGGCAAUGCAGUAGUGUCCUACAGCAUGAAAGAGUGUAUGUUAAUGGAAAAUCCAAACAAGAACCAGGCUCAGUGUCUCAUUAAUGUGAGUGGUGAUGCAGUCAUCUGUGUCAGGGAAACGGACCAGGAGCCCAUUCCCUCAAUGACAAAUAUGGGACAGACCUGCACUAGCGGAACAGAUGGGGCUACAUGACAGUGAAACACAGAGCUUCACUUUGUCUGCAGGACACAAUCUGAGUGAACACACUAGCUGAGUCUAGCCGUCCAAAUAUGAGUCUGCCUUAAAACUCUGUAAAAGAUCCAAAGGUUUGGACACAGGUAAUAAAGAACAAGUACUCACAAUCCAUGCAGUCUGUAUUAAUAUAGGAGUGCAGGAUUUUUCUAUGUUUAAAGAGCACAUUUGUGCAGGAAAUACUCAUGUAGCUCUUUGUGAAUUAGGUAAUCUGAGAGUGUUUCAAAACCUUUUGGUUAAAACAACAGCCAAAGGACCCCUUUGCAUCUAACUUUUGCCUAUGUAUUACAACCGUCCAUAUUGGGGUCACCCAAAGCUACAGUAUGUUGGCCAUCUCUUUGUGUGUGGGCACAAGUGACACUUGAGGCAGCUACGACUAAUUUGUCCAUCCACAGCUCACAGGAGGAGUCAUUAAAGGGCCAUACCAAAAGGGACACAGUUGUAUACCAACAAAUAAUUUAAAUGCAGUCAGAUUCUCACUCAGUGUUAAGCUCUGUUUCGUAUAAGGGCCCAUCUGUUCAUUUCAGCGUGGUCACAUAAUGACUGUCAGGCAAGUAUUUACAUUUCAACAAGGUUGGUGCUCUUCCUAAAAAAGAAUCACCCUAGAAUGGAAACAACCCAGACAGGCCUGUGAUGCCAUUUUGUUAUAAUUAUCUACUAGUUAAUUGGUGUCCAAUUUUAAGGUCUACAUUUGAUUUUGCAUUGAUUUUGUUGAUGGACAAUCUUAAUUAUUGUCGCAGUAUAGCUCACAGGCAGUAUCCUAAUGUUAAUCAAAUUUUCUUCAGAAAGUGUCAAAUAAAGAUGUCACAAAUUACAGUUUUUAUUUCUGGGAGGGACUCAAGUUACAUGCAUCAAUAAAAAACAGGCCAGGAUUAAAGGCAUAUGGACAUAUUUUUGUAGGGCAAGAAUUUUCCUUUUUGAACAGCCAUUAACAUGUAUGCCAAUGACUAUUUUCUAAACUAAAACUAUUAGAAUUUGUAUUGCUUUAUCUUAAAAUGGUAGAAUUGAAUGGCAUAAUGUGUAUGCCUUUUAUUCAAUUACAUCUGGUGUGAGUGGGCAAAUGGUGAUGGGUAUAAAUGAAACAGACACGCAGUCUAAGUUAUAUAAUGUGGCCCUUUGCGGUCCUGCACCAAGGAUAUUUCAUAGGAUAAAGUCUUUGAGAUCAUUUUGACUUAAUUAAACCUUUAGCUGUGUGUAUUGAAUCAACUCUUGCUUCACUUGCAGCUCUAGGAUCAGUUCCUCUUCUUGAUGCUUCUUGCUGUCAGUGUCAAAUGUCACAUACCUUCAUCACUGUUGCUUUGGCACUCAUAUUCUGAAUAAUAGUUCUCCUACUGAUCUGUACAUCUUCAACGAUCAUGUUCAGUGUGUAGGUGCCACCUGAAUAUAAACUGUGUAAAUGUUCUCUAAAAUCAGAUUUUAGUAUUUUUGUAACAUAAAAAUUAUGAAACCUACUGCUCAUUUUACCUGUGCAAUGAAUUCCAUGUUUUAACUCACUGUGUUAGAGAAUUAGUGGUACUCUAAUCUGUUUGUGUGAUCAGCAGUUUGUGAUCACUUUCCUAUAUUUGUGUCUAAAACUUGAAUGUACAUACUUAGAUGCUUUUGCUUUCUGACUAGCAGCAUGCAGACCCACUUUUUAUUGCCAUGAAUCUGUAUGCUUUCCUGGUAAGUCUUGCAAAAUAAACUCAGUCAAACCAA